CGGUCAUGUAUCUCGAGUUUGGGGAAAAAGCCAAAUAGAAAAUUCUAAGUUGAAAAUUCAAAAAUUGAACUGUUUUGUGGGUGAAAAGUUAGGCUGUGUAUUUAAAAAUGCGGAAAAUGUUAUCAAAUUAAACUCCUUAGACGGUGCACUUAUAAAAUUUCAAUGGAUUUGAAAGGACUUUAAAGAAGAUGAUUUUCUUAAAUUCUCCUUCGAAUGUGACGUAAUUGUAAACCGACUCUCAACAUAUUAAGCUCGCUGUGUCCUUUGUAUCAGUUUCGUAAUAAAUCUAAAAGAGGCCGGUUACGUAUCUCGAGUUUUGGGAAAAAGCCAAAUAGAAAAUUUUAAAGUUUGAACAUUUGGACUUUCUUAAAAUUGUGUUUCGAUAUGCAGAUACUAGGAAAUUCGGAAAAGUGCUAAAAGGAUUUGGGUUGAGUCCCCCUGGAUGAUCUAGAUAUUCUCUAUAGAAGCUCAAUUAGGAACGCGAUUGUCCUUCACCCCUGAAGUGACUCGAUCGGAACGGACAGAGAUAUAGUUGAGGAUAUAGCUGAGGGCCACCUUUGAUAUCCAUUGGGAAUCACGACUGUUUGACACUGUACAGGGUAUUUAACUAAUGAUCCAGAACGUGAAUUCAAACAGGACUCGUGAGAUGUGGGAUCUAAGGAACACGGUGGAUUUUAGAAACGGCAAUGAGUUGAGGACCUGCUAUGAAGCUGAGAAGUUUCGCGGCCAUCAUGGCCGCCAUUGUGGUCCAGCUGCUUCGUCCAACUAGCGCCAUAAUUACAAAAGGUGUGAAACCAUUUCCUGGCCUGGAAAACGUGCCUAGAUCUUUCUGGCACGAGCUUAGUUCUCCCUUCACCGAGAUCUAUGAAGACGAGAGUCUUGCUACUGAGACUGGUGCAACUCCUGAACCAGCGCCCUUUUUCGAAGACCCUGAUAGCAACGUAACAGUUCAGCUUGGUUCUUCAGUUCACUUACAUUGCAGGGUGCAGUACCUUCAGCAACGGAUGGUGUCCUGGGUUCGUAGACGUGGCGAAGAACUGCUUUUGCUGACUUUCGGGUUUAAUACAUAUUCAAGUGACAGUCGUUUUUCUCUGGACUAUGAGGCACCACAUGAUUGGCGACUACUUUUACGUUCAGUGACAGAACGCGACGGGGGCCUCUACGAGUGUCAAGUUAAUGCACAUCCACCUUUAAUCAGGACAGUUCAUCUUGGUGUAUCCGUUCCAAAGGUAGAAAUAGUUGACGAACACGGAGCAACUGCAGGAGACAAGUUCUACAAAGCAGGCAGCACAAUAGAGCUGAAGUGCGUCGUCAGCAAGGUCCCCAAUCCUACUGGUUAUGUUACAUGGAUGCAUGGUUCCCGUAUGCUAAACUACGACACCACCCGUGGCGGAAUUAGCGUGAAAACCGACAUGGGCGGCGAGGGGGCGGUCUCGCGACUGUACAUUGCUAACGCCAAUAAAAAGGACAGCGGAAAUUAUAGCUGCGCUUUGGCGGACGUUGCUGCCACUACUGUCUCCGUCCACGUUUUGAAUGGAGAGAAUCCAGCUGCAAUGCAACAUGGAGGAGGUGCUGGCUCCAGGGCGGCAUCCGUACUGAUAGCGAUACUAACAAUCACUUCAGUUUUGAGGUGACCAUGUGGUCUCUAAACUGGAUAAUUUCUUUUAUUAGAAUAUGGUUGGUGCUAGUUUUGUAUUUGGAUCAUUACAUCUAAAUACAAAAUAUGCAAGGAGAAACGUUUACGCUUCAGGGCGUAUUUUAGCUUUAUAAGUAUUGUUUAGAGUGAACAAAUUAUUCAAGACUCUUAUCAAAUAUUUAUAAAAUUUUUAUAAUAUGAAUUGAUCUUACUUGCUAUAUAUUUUUUAAAGUUAUAAUAUCAUCAUCUUUUAACAACCUUGUAAUCAUGUAAAAAUAAGUAGCUCAUUACAAUUUCCCUUUUCUGCAUCCAUUGUCAUGGUUGUGGGUCGACAACCACGCUAUUAUAACGCAAAUGAAACACCUUUUUAAAAAAACUAUCUUAUUUUUCAAGAACUUUUGUAAGGUUGUUGAGAGAUUUGUGUCUGAAAUUGAACAGUAUACAAGAAGACUAAUUAUUUGCCGGGUGUGAAUGGAGACUGCGCCAUGUUUGAAUCUGUGUCUUUCAAAAGGCAAGCGACUGACGGAAUUUUAUCUCUUAACUAAUGUAUACUCUCUGUAAAUAUGAAAUCUUGGCUCAAAAAACUUUGUACAUAUGUAAAACGACAUGAAAUGUCGCAAAUAUUCAGUUGUCCAAAUAAAAAGGGUGAUUCUUGAAAUCUUGAUGUAUAAGAAAUAAUGGGUUUAUUCGAGAAAAGUAAUAAUUUGAUAUUUUCAAUUUUAUAAUCAAAGAAAAUAAUUUUUUUGUGGUUUGGAAUAUUUUUUACAAAAUCGAGAAAUUGAAAUCAAUUGUAUGAUGCACGAAUUUAAGUCAAUCAUAGGUGAGCUUUCAUCAAAUUUAAAGUUGACCGUAGAAUGAUUUGGGUCAUUAAACAGUGGAGAACGAAUCACAUCUAGGACCAUCAAGCGCUUUAUGCAAAUUUAUUUUCACUUUAAACCAAGACCACAAAUUUAGCAAUUUAAUUACGAGAUCAUUUAAGCGUGAUAUUUUUUGGUUGCAUGCACAACAAUUAGAUUCUCUCGGUUGGGUUCACAAUGGACUGAAAUAUCUUCCCUGAAAUACAACUUGAAAAUGAAUUCAGUAGAAAGUUUUUUACUUGUUUAAAAACUAGUGCCCAUAUUUUAAAGAUAAAAUUAAUAAUUAUGUGUGUAACAUUAGCUGUAAAAAUAUAUAAGAAUCACUAAAGCUUGUAACCAUUUUUUAUUGAUCUACUUUGAAAAAAUCAAUUAUUUUGGGUAUAAAUUUGGAUAAAUGCUUUUCAAAAGUGAUAAAUCAAUGCGGCGUAUAAUUUGAUAAAUUAAUGAAAGCAUUAUUGCGUGCACAUAGAAAAUAUUUCACGAGUAGUCACGCUGCCACCGCCUGGUAAAACCGCAUCUGCAUAACUUGCAGCGUUCUCGAUAAAUUUAAUUAUCAGUUUUCCCUUCCCCGGCGCCUCCGGAAUACCUAUGCACACAUAUUCACACUCAAGCGGCCCUAUUUGUGAAUUAAUUUUACGUGUUCAACUUACAAAUUUCGCUUGCGAGAGCACUACUAAAAGUUAUUGCACUUUAUUUAACCAGAAUUUGCCAUUAAUUUUGCAGCAUACCAAACUCAAGUGCUUUGGUUUAAUUAAAAUUACUAUUCAAGUACCCUUGGUACGUUAGCUAAUAUAUUAACUAAACUAAAAAUGAUUCAACAUUUACAAUAAAUUAAGUUGAAAUUCAAUUUAAUAUACUGUAAGUUACGAUGCAACAUUAAGUCUUCAUUUUUAAAUAAAUUAUUUUUCACUGUAAAGACUUAUAAAGUAAGAACUACACUGCCGUGCAAAAGUUUAAGGCCCCCUCUUUUUUUAUGACUGCAUACAUUCUCUCAAUUUUAAUUAAACCAGAGCUAAAAAAAUUUCGUUUUGA